GUCUGAUCACAGGAAGUUACAAACAGAGGACGGCUGAUGAUGUUCAGAUGGACAGUCACUAUAAAUAACAGAAAGAGGAAGAGUGACGGAGACGGACUGAUGACAAUCAUACAGACAUGCUGGGACUGAUGAUUCUCUGCUCACUGCUCACAGGUGCCAGUGGACGCACAUAUCUCCAUGUGUUCAGCAGUGAUGGUGAGAACGUCAGUCUGCCCUGUAAUAAUACUCAUACUGACUGUACAUCAACUUCAUGGGAAUAUAGUGAAGGAAGUUCAACGACAGUUACAUUAUUUAGAAAGGGGAUAAAGAAGAAUGACAUAAAGAGACGUGAGAGACUGAGUCUGGGGUCUGACUGCUCUCUGAACAUCUAUAAAGUCACAACUGAAGAUCGUGGAGGUUACAUCUGCAGACAAUAUGAGAAUACAGAGACAUUUACUGAUGCCAGUGUUUAUCUGAAUGUUCUUCAUGUCUCUCCAUCAUCCACACAGACUGAGAUUAGACCUGGCAGAUCUUUCACUCUCUCCUGUCAGCUGUAUGUAUAUGGUUAUUAUUGUGAUAGUCUCUUCAUUAAUGAGAGAUUUCAGCUGGUCUGGGUGAAUAAAGCUGGUGUGAAUCUGCAAUCAGACUCCAGAUAUCAGAUCUCAUCCUCUCCUCAUCACUGUAUCAGCACUCUGACUACAACACUCCUCCAUGAAGAUGACAACACUGAGUGGACAUGUCAGGUUACUAAAGGAAAUAAACUCGAGACCUCAGUCAGAUAUACUGUCACAUACUCGAACGCCUCAACUCCAGAAACAGAAACAACUCCAGGGAUUCCUGCUGUAACUGCUGCUCUAGCGGCUCUUCUUCCUCUCAUCGCUCUUAUCGCUCUCAUCGCUCUCUGGUUGAUCUGUAGAAAAAGAGCCGGGGCAGAUAAGAAUCCUGCAGAGGUGAUCAGCAGUUUGACCCCGGUGACCCCUGCUCCUCGUCCUCCUCCUGAUGAUGCUCAUGGGAGGACAGAAGAUGUGGCUUAUGCUGAGGUCAUUAUUUCCACAAACAAGUUUACUGAAAGACACACUGUUCAGUCUGAUGAUAAAGUGACGUACGCUGCGAUCAGGAGCUGAACUCCAGAAUGAAGGACUGAAGAACUGCUGAUCCCCGUCUGAUCGAGAAUCAGCUUAAAUUAAUAAACAACAAGUUAUAGAAUCAUUUUCAGACUUAAAAUAAGACUUGAACAGUCACAGUGAUGU